GUUUCACAAGUUCUGAGUAAAAUGCAUGAUGGAUUGAGAGAAAGGAUGGUUAACGCUGCAUCUUUUUUUUCUUUCUUCAUUAUACUGAAAGUAAUUGAAUCCAACUCUGCCCUGUCAGUGAGUUUCGGGGUGCAUUUAUUGUAAAACUGUUUGACUUUAAUGUAAUCUGAGAAAUAGAUCUAGCGAUCAGUUUUCAUUAUCGUGAAUAGAUUGUUCAACUGUAUGAUUUGUGCAUAAAUUGGUACACAACGUGAUACAUUUAUAAUACAAUGUGCAUCAAAUACCCUUUGUAUAACAGUAAUGCCGCUGGUGCCUCGUUCUACAUACUUAGAGACAUGUACUGUAACAUGGAAUUGUAAAAUAAAUAAAACGCGGUUACAUUUCUUAUACGGGCAUACGGGCACUGUAACCUUUUUACGGGACUGUCACAGUAUCAAACCAAGAACAUUUACGUUGUAAGUAAAGUGGUUCUGUAGUUAACGGCUUCAUUUAAUUAAAACAAACAAACAAAAAAAAAAAACCAAACAAUCAAAGUGACAGUUCCAAACGCCUGCAGCCAUAUAGGUGCCGAUAUCUGCAAAGCUAAUGCCCCGGUUUUAUCUUUUAUACACAUUAUUUGGGAUGUAUUGUUUAUGUGUUUAUUAGCUCAGAUAACGUUUGGGAUAAAAUUCAAUCGAUAGCUCAUUUAAACGGACUAUUCUGGGUAUACAAUUUAUUUACUUAUUAAAAAAAAAAAAGAUCUGCAUUCUUCAUCCAUCGGGACAGUUACACCGUCCAUAACAUGCACAACUUCUAAGGGAACGAAAACAAACGGGCAAAAGGUAAAUAUGCAUCCAGUGUUUAAAAUAACUUAAAAUAAAUAAAUACAUAUUUUUACAGUGUAGGCAUUGAUCACAGUGAGACCUUUCAGUUUAACAUUGUUCUUUACAAUACUUUACCAAAGUCUUUUAAAAAGACAUACAGAAAGGUAAGUAUUACAUAAUGAUGCACCGUGGUGUUUAUACCUGUUCGCUGCAAGGACAAUGUAUCGCAAUCGGGUUGUUUAAAGCAGCUGUGUCCUAAUCCAGUAAUUGAUGUUUUGGAGCGGUAAAUGUACUAAACGAAAUCUGAUCCCAAGCAAAACAUUUAUGAAUCAUGCGUUUUAAGUGUUCCAAACAGCAGAGUUCCAUGGACAUUAAGCCCCUUUUUCAGUGGACAAGUUGUAACAAAUCACUGCUUCAGUACAUAUAAUGACUUGGCUCCAAAGUACUGGAAGGAUGCAGAACUGCAGGUUUAAUUAUGGCAUCUGUAAAAUGUAUUUUGCUCUAAGUAUCCCAUAAUGUGCUAAAUCUGCCUAAUCUCAUUUAACUCCCCAAUUUUUUUUUAUCAACUGUCUAUCUUGUUUAGUUAUUAUUUAAUUCUACAUAUAAGUAAUUGUUUUAUGCAUACACAACAUAAAGGAAGGAUUGCAUUGUUAACUUUGCAAGCAGUAUAACUACCAAUAAUGUGGUAAGUGGGUACUUUGUUGUUUUCGUUCAGAAAAAUAACAUGUAUAGACCGGUACUGAUUGACACAUUUACUGUAGCAUUCCAGUUUUCUGUACACGGCACCUCCUAAACUGGAUAUAAAAAUUGGUGCAGAUUUGAGAUAAAGUAGCUGUAUUUUUAUGUUUAAGGGAUGCUGGAGUAUUUCAGUUUUAGUUUUUAUUAUAAUACUUGUUGAAGACGAUGCUGGACUCUGAAAAUGAGAAAAACAAGAGUACAGUGCAAACAAGGUUGGCUAUGGCAACUGUGCAAGGCAUCUCUUGUACAAAUAGACCGAACUGGAAGCUAUGCAGCUCAGUAUGUGCUAGGCAUUUGAAGAAACACAGAAGAACUUGAAAUCGUAUUGAGAAGGUAGAAAUCACCAUCUAAUAGGUCCAGUAAAAAUAAGUUUGACGGUGAAAACAUGUACAUGAGCAUGACAGAGCCGAGCCAGGACUUUGUGCCAGCAAGCCAGUUCCGUGUGCCUGACAGUCCCACCCAGCUGCAACAAAAUACGAAACAAACAGGACCGUACUGGAAAAGAGAUGUGGCAUCUCAGUUGGACUAUCCUCGACUAUCCUGGUCUUACCCUGUUCCCAGUCUUGGGGAUGAAGACUUCAAUAUUCCUCCAAUCACACCUCCUACACUUCCUGAACAUUCACUUGUUCACAUGCCAGAGACGGAGUCCAGGGGAUACCACUCCCUCUGCCCUCCAAUGUCUCAAAACGGACUGCUUCCAUUCCACCCUCAGAACAUGGACCUUCCUGCCAUCACUGUGUCCAACAUGCUGAGCCAAGAUGGAGCUCUGCGCUCACACCCCUUAUCUGUGAUGCAGGAGAUGGCAAACACAGAAACCUCCCGAUAUAAUGCUCAUCCACAGAUGGAAGCUUUGAGACCCAGGAUCCAGUCAGUGAUGAUGCAGCAUGGUCAGCUGACCACCAUCAACCAAUCACAACUCAGUGCACAGCUGGGGCUUAAUAUGGGGGUGAACAAUGUCUCCCACAGCUCCCCAUCUCCUCCAGGAAGCAAAUCUGCAACGCCAUCUCCUUCAAGCUCAGUCCACGAAGAUGAAACAGAUGAAACAUCAAAGAUGAAUGGGGCAGAGAAAAGGCCUGCCACAGACAUCGGAAAGAAAGCCAAAACUCCGAAGAAGAAGAAAAAGAAAGACCCCAAUGAACCACAGAAGCCGGUGUCUGCCUACGCCCUUUUCUUCCGUGACACUCAAGCCGCCAUCAAGGGGCAAAAUCCAAAUGCCACGUUUGGUGAAGUUUCCAAAAUCGUGGCGUCAAUGUGGGAUGGCUUGGGGGAAGAGCAGAAACAGUUAUUCAAAAAGAAAACAGAAGCUGCCAAAAAGGAAUAUCUCAAACAGUUGGCAGCCUACAGGGCAAGUCUGGUUUCAAAGAGUUACUGUGAGCCCAUUGAUGUCAAAACAUCCCAACCUUCACAGAUGAUGACCUCAAAGCAACAGGUUUUCCGCAGUCCAACGCAAACUCAUUCAGGAUUGUAUAUGGGCUCUCCCUAUCACCAGCAGCACGGGAUAAACCCCCACAUGAACGCCAUGCACCCCAACCUCCCCCGGAGUAUCGCCCCCAAGCCUAACUCUCAGAUGCCAGGGACUGUUUCCAUGGCUGUGUCACCACCUCCCCCCCUUCAGAUCAGCCCACCUCUGCACCAGCACCUCAGCCUCCAGCAACACCAAUCAAUCACAAUGCAACAGCAAUUAGGAAGUCACCAGUUACCACGCCAUUCACCAACAAUGCAGCAGGGAUUUUCUCUUCAACCAGAAUACCAGAACAUAAUGAACUCAACAUCCACAGCUGGACAAGGUGUAUCCCCAUCAAUGGAUUAUGUUCGCUCAGGGUGCAGAAAUCCUCCAGCACAGAAUGUGGAAUGGAACAAUGACUACUGCAGUAAUGGUGGUCUGCAAAGGGAUAAAGUUUUGUAUCUCACCUGAACACAAGAAACACUUUCCUUUACUCCAGAGUUCACAGGAAAGCCUUCAGAAGUUCGGUUGCAUUGAGCAGGUUGAGGCAGUUCAACAUCUCAAUAGUUUCUAAGCACUUAGAACCUCAAAAUGUCUAUUUGAGCUUCUGAUGUUACCCACAAUGAAAACACAAAUCUUAGUUUGUCUCGCUUAUUUCUUUAAAAAAAAAAAAUCAUAAUGGACAUUUUUUCUUCAAUUCUGAAAGAAACUUGGACAACUUGGCUUUUAUGUUGUUUUUUGCUGUGGAGUGCUGCGCUAGUGAACUGCCUUAGAAACUGUAGUGUACUGUAUCUAGGAAUGAAAUCCUAGAUUUCUGUGGGUCUUAUAGGAAACUACUAAAGACUUUGUUGGCUUGAUGUAGCACUCACAGCUAGUCUGUAAAUAUAAUCUAUGUUACACUCCCUUUGAGUAUAAAAAAGUAAAACUUUUUUUUAGGUAAAAUGUAAUUUGGAACUGGGUAUUUCCAGUUAAUUGCGGUCUUAAAAAGGGAUACAAAUUGGCAGAUGUUAAUAUUUUAUGCUUCAUUUUUAAGGAAAAAAUGGUAAAUAGGUCUAUAUUUUGCAAAAGAUUUAGAUAAUGUUCCAAUCGAUCUUAAAAUGCAAGUUGACAUUGUCAGAGUAGCAUGAAAUAUUUGGAAGUGUUAAAAAACACACACACACACACACACACACACACACACACACACACACACACAAAGGUUUAUUUUGUACUGCAUAGAAAUGCUUUUUUGUAUUACUUAUAGUGUAUUGAUUAGUAAAUGUCAUUUAAAUCCUUUAUGUAUAAAACUGCCAAAUGCUUAUCUGGUGUUUAUUAGAUGCAGUGGCAGACUGGAGACAGCUAAAUUAUAAUCUUGAAAUACAGCUGUGUAUUAUAAUUGUUUCUUACUGUGUCUAUAUUUAAUCUUUUUUUUUUUAAUGGCACCUGUUGCGCCUAUUUAUUAAAUAAUAAAUAUAGGUGUUUGUAAGUAACUAUGUUAGCAUUUAAGGAUGUUUCUGUUUUCUUGCAGAACUGAAAAAAAAAAAAACUGUGUGAAUACUUUAUUCUUAUUUAGUUUCUGUUGUGUUUUAAAAAAAAAAAAAUAAAGCCAAACCUGCAUUUCCUAUGCAGAA